AUGUGGUUCACAUAUUUGAUGAUCUAUCUGGAAAAAGUUCUCAGAUUCCGCAGCUCGCAGGCUGGAUUGUUGAUGCUCAUCGGACAGGUUACUGAUGCCAUCUCGACACCGCUUGUGGGAAUCGCCAGUGACUCCAAUUUCUUACCCAAGUUUUUUCAUAGGGUUGGCAGACGCUUAUCAUGGCAUAUGAUCGGCACAGUAUGCGUUUCACUUUCGUUUCCUUUCAUCUUCAAUCGCUGCUUUGUGUGCUCGGAUUCUGGGUCUGUUUGGUACAAAGUGGUUUGGUUCACGCCGUUCAUCAUGCUUUUUCAGUUCGGCUGGGCUUCUGUACAGAUCUCCCACCUAGCUUUGUUACCUGAGCUAUCGUCAUUCGACAGCACUAGAACUACUAUGAAUUCGUUGAGGUACGCUUUCACUGUGAUUGCUAAUCUAUCAAUAUUCUCUGUUCUUGCUUGGUUUCUCUCUCAAAGUGCUGGUCACACUGAGAUAGGUCCAUACGAUUUCACUCACUUUCGGACUGCUGGGUUCAUUGUGGUUGGCAGUGGCUUAAUGGUAACAUUGCUAUUUUACUUCGCGAUUCGUGAGCCAACGAAUGAGCGGAGAUUAAGUCACGCGAACUCGUUUACAUCUGACACGAGUGAAUUGGUGAGAAUGCACUGGACGAGUUGGUUCGGCUAUUUACAGUUUUAUCAGAUUGCUCUCCUGUACAUGUUAUCUCGUCUCUAUGUCAAUGUUUCACAAGUCUAUUUCCCGUUCUACAUUACCCUGACUCAGAAUUAUGGGAAGGUAUGUGAUCUUUCUUAUUCUUGUCUCUUAAAAAGGGUAAUUUCUCAACGGCACGACCUUUCUGGAGAACUCAAUUCCCUACAUCUGGGCACAUGCGGUAUCAUCCUGAAAUACGUUGCUAUUUUGCCAAUGGUGUCUUAUCUUUCAUCCUUCUUGAUUUCAACACUUAAUGGGAUUCCCUACUUGAAUAGUAUCGUCAACAGAAAACUAAUAUUUGUUUUUGGAAUAAUUUGUGGCAUGGGAACUUGCCUUUGGAUGCUUUUUGAAUUACAUCUCUGGGGUAUGUACUGUGUUGCAGGGGCUAUAGGUUUGCUAAAUUAUGCUGUUUCAGGUGUUACACAGGCCAUUCUUCUCAUCACUUCGCUGUCCAUUACUGCUGACCUGAUCAAUAGAAACACAGAAAGUGGCGCAUUUGUUUAUGGUGCAAUGAGUUUUGUCGACAAACUCGGCAAUGGUUUUGCCUAUCAGCUCAUCGAAUUAUGGAAUCCAUCAUGCGAGUAUGGUUUUUUCUGUUACUCACGAAAAUGGGAAAACGUGUGCGAAUUUUUAUCGGACUAUCAUGGUUUAUGUGCCAGCUUGUUGUUUGGCUGUCGCUCUUAUCAUUCUGUUCUCUCUUAUGCCAUCACACAUUGGAGAGAGAAGAAGAAACCACAGUGA